CCCCUGUACCCUUCUCUCCAAGUUUUGGAGCUAAAACGUCUGUGGGGAGGAGGAAAGAGCUCAAAGGGAGGAUAGGGUAAAGACUCAGACGCUGAAGGACUCUCUGCAUAUGUACACACAGUCAUGGGUUUCCUCCUCGUGCCCAUCACCGUGCUGCAUCUGGUCACAUUGGCCAUGCUCUUCAUUUCCACCCUGGAGAAGUCCUGGUGGAUCUGGACAGAUUCAGAGAUCACAGACCUCUGGUACAAUUGCUUCCACGACAACGCCUCAGACACCUGGCUGUGUGCUUCUACUAAUGAAAGCGACUGGCUGCAGUCCAUGCAGGCCCUCAUGGUCCUCUCUGUGGUCUUCUCCUCCAUCUCCUUCUUGGUUUUCAUGGGCCAGCUCUUCACCAUGUCCAAAGGAGGACUCUUCUACUUCACAGGCCUCUUACAGGCCUUUGCAGGUUUCACAGACUUUGCUGCCUGCCUCAUCUUCACCUUCCACAGGAAGGAGAUCCUCGAUGGCUCCAGAGAUCUGAGCAGAGGGCGCUUCGGCUACUGCUUCAUCCUGGCGUGGCUGUGUGUCCCGAUGCUCCUGGUCAGUGCAGUCCUGUACGUCCAUCUGCGGAAGAAGCAGUGAGCUACGAAACCAUGCAGCGGAAUCAUGGAAGGGAAAAGGUUUCACUCGCUUCGAUCACUUCCCAGUUCACGUUGACCACCCGAGGUGCCCGAGAGGUGCCCGAGAAUGAAAAUACCUCUUUAUAAAAUACAAUUGUGUUGUUGUGCUACAUAGUUUGUGACAUUUGUGUCAUCAAAGGGGAAUAUCGCUGUCAUUAAAGAACAGCUCAGCUGAGUCAUGGUGUAAUAAACAAUGCUUUUAUUAAUGUGUAACAAUGAAGGUCUUUGAAAUAGAUAAUUAACAACAACAAAUGUAUAACCCGUCAUGCUCAUUUGAUUGUGUUGUUAUAUAUAUAUUUUUUACUUUUUAUUAAAAAACUAAGUUCAUGACUUGUGUCAAA